CCCAGCUUUCCUGACCUUCUCAGUUUGCACCGUGGAUCCUCUCUAUCUUUGAAAAAGGGUCGGAUAAUUCACAGAACUGUUCGCUGAUCCAUGUGGAUUGUUCUGCGUUCAAGAUGGCCCUUCUUCAGACCUCGCUGAUCUGGAUCGUGUAUGCUGUCGUCAUAGCCGUCCUUCUCGCGGUAGCGUCGGUUUUCAUUUACAUCUACCAAACUCCACGGGAUCGCUCUCCCUCGGUAACUCUGACAUGCAUCAUCGCGAUCACUAGUCUACUGGCGACGGUUCUUCUGCUUCCUGUGGACGUUGCCUUGGUGUCGUCGACUACCUCAUCUAAGCUUGGUCGCCGCAAAGACUGGGCCACUCAGGAUGCCGUGGACCGAAUCACUUAUUCCUUGACCAUUCUUUACUAUCUUCUGUACUCACUGGAUGCGUUACUUUGUCUUUUGGUCCUUCCUUUCACUUACUUCUGGUAUGAGGAAUAUGAUGAAGUCGCCGCUGAGGCGGGAGAGCAGACGCUUGGACAGCGGUUCUGGGGCGCUCUCAAGUACACCCUUUCGUUCAUCGCUAUUGUAGUGAUUUUGUUCCUUGUGGGUUUCUUUGCUCCAGUAUCCAAGGACAAGGGCAACUUUGACUUGGACUAUUUCAAGCGGUUGCUGACAGAGAACCAUGGAGAACGCGCCUUGACAUUUGCACUUGGGCUACUCAUCACCCUUGGUAUAUGUCUCUAUGUCCUGUACACAUCGGCAGGUCUUGCUUUGUUCCCAAUCAGCCUGAUUAAGACCGCACCCUCGAUCUCCAGCCCUACCUUGCGCGCAACUACUGCGCAGCAGCUGGAAGCAAAUCAAGAGCGGCAGCGACAGCUCGAGGGCCGCUGUGGUGGCAAUCCCGAACUCCUGUCAUCCAAGGAUCGUAGGGAGUUGGAUACUCUCAGCCGAGAGGAGAGGACCUUGAUUCGGCGGCAACGUCUGGUCGAUGAAGCUCAGGGUGAGGGCCGAAGCUGGUUGAUACGAGCAUGGUACAAGAUUGGAGCCAUCUUCCGCCCAUUCAAGCUACUUGGUGGUAUUUUACUCCUUUUGAUUGCUUUUAUAAUAUGGGUAUCGAUGCUUUUGACAUCUAUCGACAAAGCGAAAAACUCGAUUUGCAAGCACCGCUGUGGAUACAUCCUUGGCCACAUCAAUGUCUUCAAUCCGGUGAACUGGGUCCUGGUCCAAUCUGCCAAGGUGUUCCCGGUGGACUAUGCUAUUUUCACAGCUCUAGUCCUCCUCCUGUUCUGCAGCUCCGUGGUUGGUAUUGCAGUGGUUGGAAUUCGCUUCCUCUGGAUCAGAAUCUUCCAGAUCCGCAAGGGUCAUACUUCACCCCAGGCACUCCUCCUGGCAACGGCCAUGUUGAUGCUUAUGAUACUUGCAUUGAACUAUUCCGUGUCCAUGAUAGUCGCUCCACAAUACGCUACCUUCGGCCCGCAGACGUUCUGCGACCGUUCUCCUAGCUCGCCUGGAGAACAGCCUGAUUGCACUAACAGCAAAGAUCUCAUCAAACCAUGCUCUGAGUUAGCAGAGAAUCCAGCAGCUCGCCAAGUGUGCACCCCCAGCGUUGUUAGCACUUUCUUGAACCGCAUAACUCUCAACUUCCCCUUCUACGGCGUUGUCUUCUUUUGGGCACAAUUUGUCUUCCUUGCCAUCUAUCUGAUCGUGUUUGUGACAACUCUGUUCCGAGCACCGAAGCUGGAUGAAAGACAAAUCGACGAGGAUGCUGAGGAAGCGGAAGAAGAAGGCCUAUUGGCAAGCACUGGUAGACGAUUCGGUGCUACUUGGCAAGACAUUACCGGUAGGGCUGGUCACAGUGGACAAUCUAAUGAUUGAGAAUACAGAGCAUACUCGACUUGAAUGAACCAGAGCGGCUCAGCGGAUUGCCUUGAAACUUUUGAAUUAUUGAUGCUUUGGUAAACGAUGUCUCUUUGGCGAUGAUCGCGUGAAUUGUUGAGGGCACAUACACGUUUUAAUCGUACCUCAGAAAGCAAAUUAAAAAAAGGAACAUAUGGUGACUUGCGACUGGAAUGUAGAAUAUUGAUUAUGAGCAACCUUGCAUGGACCAGCAUGCGCUUGCUUGGGUUUUUGCGGCUGAAGUCAUCCUGGACAUAAUCUCGUAACAGCACUAAACCUUCAUCUGCGCGUUGAGCAAGGCCAAAGCACUCUGGAAUGCCUUGACGACUUCCGUGU